AUGCCAGGGAACAUGAGCAAAGAGGAUGCCCCGAGCCGGAGCGCUUCUUUGACGUUCACCAUUGACAACAUCCUCAACCUGAAGCAGCGGGACGGCGGAAACUUUGAUGGUGCAAAGGAGCAGAGGGGCAGUGGAUGUAAAAAUGACUUUCAAGCGAGGUUUGAUGAGGUGUGGGACGUCCGGAGGAGGCAUGACAGCGGAUCAGAGGAAACAGCACGUUGUGUCCCUUUAUUCACAGCUCUAAACAAGCCCAGAGUCCAAAAUGCACCGCCGCUGACCGACGGCUCCUGUCCCGGGGCUCAAAGUGCGCAAAGCAGCGAGGACGAUGCGUCCGAGGUGCAGCAGCAGCAGCAAGAGGCCACAGCGGACACCAAAGCCAUGGUUAAGAAAAAGACGCGCACAAUCUUCUCCAAGAGACAGAUAUUUCAGCUGGAAGCCACUUUUGACAUGAAGAGAUAUCUGAGCAGCUCGGAGAGAGCGUGUCUCGCCAGUUCUCUGCAACUCACAGAGACGCAGGUGAAAAUCUGGUUUCAGAACCGGCGCAACAAACUGAAGAGACAGUUAUCCACGGAUAUGGACGGGCCGCUGGCCGCAGAGCACCUCUCGGACGCAGGGAAAAAUGUGCAAUUACCGACUUUUUACAAAGACAGCAGCCUGUUGGGAGGAUGUUUGUUACCCAUGCCUUUCCCUGUGGUGUAUCCGACCGCAAACGUUGCGCCUUACAUCUACUUCUCCAACACUGGCAAAUAUUUUGGCCUGUUUGAUGCAGACUGA